CCAUUUCACGCGGCAGCCUUGCAACGUGCCGUAUGGUGGCGUCACUGCGGAGACAUAGGCGUAGAAACAAGAAAAUUACGUUGUACACUUCGCAAUUUGAUUUAAACAGUAUUUUUUUACACUAAGUUGAACGGCUUCGGAUUUAAAGAUAAAAUAACAUUUAUUUUCUACAUUGGUACAUUUACAAUAUCGAUGACAAUUCUUGCAUAAUUGAUUGCAACAAUUUAUGUAAAUUGUAUUGCGCAGUCGCUUCGUCGUUCGAACAAAUGCGCGAAAGUAGCAGAAAACAUUAAGCUUGUCAUGUGAAGUAACGCACGUGGUACAAUAAAAUAUAAUCAAAUGUUUGUAAAUAUAAUCAUGUAUGUUUGUAAUUACUUUAAUGAAAAGCAAUACAUACGUUUAUAAAUAAUUUCAUUGACUCUUGAUUACUCUGUAAUGAAAGAUAUCAAUAAAUGAUAUGUUUAUAACCUACAAUAAUAUUGAAUUUAUAUUGCAACACAAAAACUGAUGAGAGAUUACUUACUUCUAAGAAGCAAUGGAAGUUAGCGUAGGAGAUGUAGUAAUGCCUGGUGAUACUGUAAAAAAUAUAACAACAAUUACCAAAAAAGAAACAAUCAUUUUAGGACCUGGACUUCGUCGCGAAGCUGAUACAGUAUAUGCAUACAAAGCAGGUGUACUAAGAAAAACAGAACCAGCUGUAUAUUAUGUAGAUAGUUAUCAGAAACGUUAUGUACCAAAUCGUGGAGAACAUGUAGUUGGCAUAGUAACACAGAAAGGUGGUGAUAUUUUUAAAGUAGAUAUAGGUGCCAGUGAACAAGCAUCUCUUUCAUAUCUAGCAUUUGAAGGAGCUACGAAGAAAAACCGUCCUGACAUUCAAGUUGGAGACCUUGUGUUUGCCAAGCUUUUAGUUGCUAGUAAAGAUAUGGAACCAGAACUUGUAUGUGUAGAUUCUCAUGGUAAAGAAAAGAAAUUAGGUAUUUUAAGCUCUGAGGGCAUGCUUUUUACUUGUUCUUUGAGUCUCAUCAGAAAAAUAUUGAAUCGCAAUUCCCCCUUGUUCAAUAUGCUUGCACGUAGUCAAGCAUUUGAAGUUGCAGCUGGUAUGAAUGGUAGAGUUUGGGUCAAAGCAAGAACUAUCCAAGAAACAAUAGCAAUAGCAACUGCUAUUCUGACAGCAGAAUAUGCUCCACUUAGUGGUAUUAAGAAAUUAUGCUCAGAUAUUGAGAAAACCUUGCUUUUAACUCAAUCUGGUAAUGUAGAUUAAUUAUAAUAAAAGAAAUAACAAAUGUUAUGAAUGAUUUUAUUUAUUGUACCAAUAUCUGUACUGAGUUUUAUAAAUAAAUCUGUAUGAUUUCUUAUAUGAAAUAUGAUGAUUAUAAUGACAACCAUUUUGAUAAAAAUGUAGAAUUAGAACUAUAUGUAGUACAUACAUUAUGCUGGUCGUGUAUAGUGCUUUAUAAAUACAAUGAAAAUGCAUAAAAUGCUACAAUUAAUGAAUACUCUUAAAAGAAAUGUACUUAACUUUUCAUACUAUUUGCAUCAUUCCGAUUGCAACUUAAUAAUGUACAGUCAUUCAAUGAAUAAAUCAUAGUUUGAUAGAUAGUAAGAUGAGAAAAUGAAAUUGUUUUCAUGAACUUAGUGUUAUAACUUAUAUCUUAAUGUUUCUGUAAAAAAUCUUAAAAGCUGUUAUAAAAUUUAACGUAAUACAUAUAGCAGCUAAUAGUUGAUAUUUGAUGAUUGCAAUUGGUAUGUAAAUGAAAAAAGUGACUAAACUAAUUUGUUCUAUCUUCUUUGAUAUGUAACUAAUGUUUGUCUUCUGAGUGUAGUAUGAAAGCUAAAUACUAGUUAAUGAUAGUAUCAACCAUUCAAGCACAACCUUGACUUUCUUUAUUUUUUCCACAAAAAUACUUAAACAAUUUUUAACCGAAGCAUGAUACAUUUUCAUAUUUUUCUCUUUCUCAAAUAUAGUAUUUGUACGUGAUGAAAUGUGCACUGUUCAUAGUCUAUAAAAUAAACUAUGAACAUGUCAAUAUUAGGAAAACAUUUUUCUACACAUUAUAACGGUGUACAAUGAUAAUAAAAUGAAUUCAUACAAUAAAUUAAAACUAAAAUAACGCCGAUUCAACGUGAACAAUUUUUUAUGCACACACAUAUGGAGUAUUAUUAGAUUUUUUAAUCUGAUACGAUAUUUAACAUAAAUAAGGUAAAUUAAUAUAAUCAAGCGUGCAUAUUUAACAAUUUAUACAAAAUAUGGAAACAAAACAAUAAUGUAUAUACUAUAUACAAAUUUCGGUACUAACAUAUUUUUGUGCUUUUUGCCUUUUUUUUUACAAAAUAAAUAAUUAUAUAAAGAAAUCACUAAAAACUAAUACAUAACUGCAGCUAAUACAUAUAUAACUGAAUAUCUUGGCGAGAGUAAUACUUAUUUGCUAUAAUAUUUAUGGAGAUAUCAUUAUAAAUCUCUUUCACCAUCACUUAAUGUAAGGAUGUUAAACUAAUAUUAUUAAUCUAAUAGAUAAUGACACGACAGAUAUGUAGUUUUUACAAAAAGUAAAGAAUUUAGAAAUAUUUGUAUAUUUACAAAUAUUUGUAAAUAU